UCAUGUCGUCUCCUCCACAGUAAAGACAACACAAGGUCGUAGUAGCAGCAGUUUGCCGCAGAUAUGAUGUCUCUAGCUGCCCGGUCAGGGGCAUUUUCCCCUUACAUGCAGGCUACAGCUGUUACCGUUGCGGGUCCCCUGCAAGCUCUGGUACCCGGGGUUGUUGUAAAGGGAGAGAAUAAUUUGAUCAACCCGAAAAAGCAGUUCCUGUGCCGUGAAUCUCUUAACGGUCAAAGUCCAAAGACGGGGCCUGCUGUGACAGUUAGCAUAAAUGGUUGUGCAGGAGUCCGAUUUGCCCACACAGACAUCAGGAUACCAGACUUCUCUGACUACAGGCGCCCAGAGGUGCUCGACCCCAGUAAGUCCUCCCAGGAGAGCAGUGAAUCCAGAAGAAUCUUCUCUUACCUGGUCACUGGCGCCACAACCGUGGUAGGUGUCUACACCGCCAAGACGGUGGUCAGUCAGUUUGUUUCUUCCAUGAGCGCCUCAGCUGACGUCCUGGCCCUGUCGAAGAUCGAAGUCAAGCUGAGCGACAUCCCCGAAGGCAAGAACAUGACCUUCAAAUGGAGAGGCAAACCGCUGUUCGUCCGUCACCGCACAGAGAAGGAGAUUGCCACAGAAGUCGGCGUGAACAUAGCAGAGCUGCGCGACCCGCAACACGACAAUGACCGGGUGAUCAAGCCCAGCUGGGUCAUCGUCCUCGGGGUGUGCACUCAUCUGGGCUGUGUGCCCAUCGCCAACGCCGGCGACUACGGAGGUUACUACUGCCCCUGCCACGGCUCUCACUAUGACGCCUCGGGCCGCAUUAGGAAAGGCCCCGCCCCCCUGAACCUGGAGGUUCCCUACUACGAGUUUAUAGACGACGAAACUGUAAUGGUUGGAUAAGUAACACUCCACCAACUGAGCGCUCAUUGUACAACAGCUUAAGUGUAAUAAUGCUGUGUAGAACUGUUCACAUCAAUUACAUCUGCUACAUGUGGAAAUGUUAAGCUCGCUGCAGGUUUUUCUUCAGUGUCAUAAUCCUCUCGGCCUGUUGUAUUUAAUGUAACGCAAUCACUUUGCUUUGGUCUUUGAAAUUGAAAUUGAAAUGCAUUUAGAAGGUGUCUGAGUUAUAGGUUAACACUGGGAAGAUGCCAUCCACUCUGCUUUUCUUAACCCUGAAUGUCAUGUGGACAUGAAAUAAAAACAUCCUAUUAAGUUAUAUUCCAUCUAAUUAGCUGAGAUUGUGUUCAGGUCUAGUUAAUAAAGAUUUCUAUUUUAUUUGACAA